GUUCAUGAAAUUUGAACUGUUGGCACUGCUUUAAUUAAUGUAUUAUUGCUAAAACAGUUCCUUUGCAAUGCAGUGCUGCUGUUCUCUGAUUUAUGAAGUCCCUCAGUUAAUCUCUGAGAGGCAUCACAUCGACAGGCAAUCCAUGUUGUACAGUAUGGAGCGAUCGUUGUCUGGUCUGGCUCAAAACCAUGUGUUAAAAACUUUAAAACCCAAUAUAUCUGGCUCAAAGUCUCUUUUUGAGAAGAUCUUUGGCUUAUCUGAUGGAAAUGCAAGGGCUCAGUCAAUGCCAUGCUUCCACAGUACUGGCUCUUUUCUGCUUCAAUCUGGAUGCCAGUAUCAUUAUCUUGUUAAGUUGCUAAAGAUGCUCAUACACAGAAGUCGACGUUGCAAUUAUUUAAGAUUGUUGGAGAAGCAUUGUGCCUUGCCCAUAUUGGAUUCAAUGGCUGCCAGAAGUUCAAGUACCGUACUUGAGAGUGAAGAAAUGGGCAUGGAAACACAUGAUACUCAGUCUGAGUCAACUAGGACUUAUUGCUCGAAAAGUCAGGUUGUGUCAUUUAUUUGGGCUGUUUGUAGGAGUAUUAUUCCUCCAGAUUUACUAGGAUCUCCUUCUAAUUGGAGAAUCCUGAGGAGCAAUAUUUCGAAAUUUCUUGGGCUGCGAAAAUUUGAGAAAUUCUCUGUAAGGCAAUGCAUAUAUAAGUUAAAAACUUCCAGUUUCCCAUUUUUGUCAAGUAAACACCCUUCAUGUGAAUGUGAUGUAAAAAGUUUUGCGGGGCAGAAUGAAAACAUUCAGAAAUUAUUGAGAGGAAUAAAAGAUAGUUUAACAAAUGCUAAGCAUAAACUCUUUGUGAACUGGAUUUUUUGGUUCUUUAGCUGUCUAGUUGUGCCCCUGAUUCAAGCCAACUUCUAUGUUACUGAAAGUGAGCAUGGAAAACAUGAUCUGUACUAUUAUCGGAAGUCAGCCUGGAUGAAGUUGACGGACAGAGCCAUUAAUUGCCUUAAAGAUGGGAUCUAUAAUCCAUUAAAUGAGGCAGCUGUUAGAAAUAUAUUAAGCAAGAGAUCAUUUGGUUUCUCAAAGCUUAGGCUUCGUCCAAAGAAUACUGGUGUAAGGAUGUUGGCAAAUCUCAAAGCUCCAUCUAGAUUGCCAAGAAAGGGGUUCUCUUCUAGAGGUAAAUGUGUUGGAACUCAGAGAAACAAACAAUCACAUGAUAGAACUGGCAAAUUUGUCAAUUUCAAGUCUGUAAACUCUAUUCUUCGUGACACACAUGCGGUUCUCAAAGGUUUACAGUUGAAAGAGCCAGAGAAGCUGGGUUCAUCAGUUUUUGAUUAUAAUGAUGUCUACAGAAGGUUGUGCCCUUUUCUAAUGAGUCUGAGGAAUGUGUCAACAACUCUUCCUGGUCUAUUCAUCGUUGUUUCUGAUGUAUCAAAAGCAUUUGAUUCUGUCAUUCAAGAUAAGCUGAUUUCUGUAAUGAAAGAAGUCAUAGUGGAGGAUGAAUAUGUCUUGCAACAAUCUUGCCAAGUUGUAUGUAUGGAAAGAUCAUUAUGGGAGCAUAAGAAUGUCUUAUUGACAGAUAGAACUUUGGACACUGAUUUAACAAGCUUCAAACCUUGUGUUCCAUUUCGCUCGUUGCAUAGCAUUCUUGUUAACCAGGGGUGCAGCCGGUUGGUUAAAAAGGAAGAUAUCUGUUUUAAUCUGAAAGAGCAUCUGAAGCAGAAUGUAGUUCAGUUUGAUAAGAACUUCUACUUGCAAAUCAAAGGAAUACCUCAAGGAAGUGUUUUGUCUUCUCUGCUGUGCUCUUUGUAUUAUGGACAUAUGGAAAGGAAUUUGAUCAUUCCACUUCUUGAGAGGGUUUCUAAAGAUAUUACUGAAGAUUUAUUAACUCAACAGAUUUCUUCCAGUGCUUCUACCAUGCAGAACUUGAGAGACGUUGCAGUUAUUGCACCCCUUAGGUAUUUACUACUUAGAUUUAUUGAUGACUUUCUUUUCAUAUCAAUGUCAAAGGCACUUGCUGCUGCCUUCUUCUCCAUGUUGAAGGGAGGAAUUCCUGAUUACAACUGCUAUAUGAAUCAUGAAAAAUUCUGCUCAAAUUUUGACAUUGGACAUCAACUGGGGCAUCCCUCAAAUAGGGUUUGUGUGAGUGAAAAAGGUAUCCCAUACAUCUGUUGGAGUGGUUUGCUCAUUAACUCCUGUACGUUAGAAGUCCAGGCUGAUUAUUCAAGGUAUUUGAUUAACCAUCUACGUUCAGCUCUUACUGUCCGCUGGCAGGAUAGGCCAGGUCAUAACCUGAAGAGGAAAGUCUGUGACUUUUUAAGACCUAAGUGUCAUACCAUAUUCUUUGAUUCUAAUAUCAAUUCAGCAGCUGUUGUCAGAUUGAAUAUCUAUCAAGCCUUCUUGUUGUGUGCAAUGAAGUUCCAUUGUUAUGUUUCUGAAUUAUCAUAUAUUUGCAAACUUCGUGCACAGUUCUAUUUGAAGAUCAUCAUGAGAUCCUUGAGGUACAUGUACAGGCUUAUCAGGAGAAGGAUGCAUUCUUCUUACGGGGGUCAUAACUUCCGUCCCAUCCUUAAUCUGCAAGAUCAAGAAGUAAAAUGGCUUGGACUACAUGCCUAUAUCCAAGUGUUGAAGAUGAAGCAAUCAAGGCAUAAAGUACUGCUCUCUCUGCUGAACUCCAAGUACUGUGCACAUAAACUAACUGGGAAUACCUCUUCCGACUUAAAUUAUGCAAUUGAAAGGUCAAAUUCCUCCUCACUAUGGAGAAUCAAGUAUUAGAUUCAGGAAAUAUGGGAGGUAGAAUGCGGUAUUUGAACCUUUUCUUUUGUUAUGCUACUGCUAAUUGUUCUUUCUGUUUAUAUGCAAUCAAGAGUUUCUUCUUAAUAGUUAAAUUAGAUCGUUGUCUCUAACAAGUUCAAAUGCAAAAUAGAUUUUGCUGAAUGUCUGAUUUCUGCUGCUGGAUUAAGCAGGCACUGUGAUCUUUAUUAUGCAAUCAGGAGGCGGGUAUUACAGUCUUGGAGGGGUUGCUGUUAAAUGCUAGCUCUAGCAUUAGGUUGUGGUGGAAAGUGAUUCAGGAUUUUCAACAGCUUAUAGUCAUAGGCCAUAGGGAUAUAUUUCACAAGGCACUCCAUCCAUGAGAAACUUUUGUUGGAUGAUUGUAGGUGACAUUCUGGACCUAUGUAAAUGCUUCGACCCUUGUUUUCAAUAUGGCAAGGAUAAUUUUCCUCAAAAAAAAAUAUGGCAAGGAUAUUAGCUAUUGUGAAGAAGUGCUCAAGUUACUUUUUUAGG